UUCUCUUCUCUUUCGCAGAUCCGAUCAGUCAGUCAUUCGAUAUUGGUGUCAUUUUGUUGUUGUCUGAGCGUUCAAAAAAAUUAGCAAAAUACGCAGAAAAAUGAGCUGUGUUUCGAUAUUACGUAUCGUCUGAGUUUGUGUUUUUAUCGUACUGCUAUGCGAGCCGAGCAGCGCCUGGAAAACUAGCCGAUUUUCAACGAUAACCCCGAGACUUGCCAGAUAUUUUUGCACAAUGGGAAAUUCACACAGCAGCAAAAGCAGUCCAGCUGGGAAGCCCAUGAGUUCGCCUUCCGCCGGUGCCACGGAAGUCCAACAUCAUCCGGCUGGUCCCACCAAUAGCACCAAUGGAGUUCCGAAAGGGAUGACCCGAUCAGCUUCCGGAGCAGAUCUCCAGGAUCGCUUACAAACGCAGUACCAUCCAGUGGAGAAGCUUGGCAAAAUUCUGGCCAAAAAGUGCGAAGACGCACACGGAAUCAACGGGAUCACGGAGGAUAUCUUUGCUAGAUACGUAUUUCCUAAAUUUCCCGAUCUGGGGACGAAGCUUUUCAGGUACCUUCGGCACAACAGUCGUGCGAAAACCGACCACCUGGGAUUGACCGCGUUCAGACAGCAAUGUGAGAAAUUCCUUGGUAUUCUGGAUGACUCGGUUAUACUGGAGAACUACGUGAAGAUGUUCGGAGAUUUGAAUGAGACCGAGCUGAUUAAGCCAGAUAAUUUGAAGGAUCUUCUGAGAACCUGCUACAAUCUAGCGAUGGCCCACUAUCAGGAUGGCCCUCAAACAUGCCGCCUGAAAAUUGACGACGAGGAAUCGCUUGAUCGCACCCUGAACUCGGUCGUACAGUCCUGCUUUUUCUCCAAAGAAUCCUUGAGCUCCGGUUACAUAUGCCGCUGGUUGGAAAAUAAUGUGCCUCGUCUGGUUCCUCCGAUACACAAGUACUGCGUGCAUGCUCUCAGUACUUCUCAUCGUAUCAUUAUCGACAACAGCAUGAAGAACAAUAGCGACACAGUGGUUUCCAUCAGUGCCAUUAACGCGGGAGAAGCCAGCUACGGGUUAGAGCUGCAGACGCCAAUUUUAGAGAAAGGAAGUCCAAAUUUCAACACAUCUUCAACGGACCAAGCCAGUUCCAGCAAACCUCUGACUCAAGCAGAUCGUGAUAGAUUGAUCAUUCAACAACCCCUGCUACCGUUAUCUGAAGCCUGGCUGUUAGCUGGCUCGUUGCCGCCUUCCUAUUCCAGGCCGCAAUCUGUCCAACCGUCACUGAACACAAAUUCAGCCAACUUGGCGUCUCACGUUUUUAUGGCCAAGCUCCUCUCGAUGGUUCCAUCGCACUGGACUCUGUUGUACGAUUCUCGACAAGACGGUUCGGGAACGAACCGUUUCUUACAUCAUGUGUUGGGCUAUCGUGGUCCAAAUUUAAUCCUGUUUCGUUGUGACGAUGAUUUGCUGUUCUGUGUGGCGAAUCCGAGCGAAUGGCGCGAAACGCAUCUUUACAUUGGCGAUGAGGAUAGUUGCUGUCUGCAAUUACUGCCAAAAUUUGUGAUGCUGGAGAGGAAGCCCAAAAGCUUGUACUUGAAUACGCACAUCCGGGGCUACCCGAAAGGACUGCGAGCUGGUUCAGAUCCCCGGAAACCGCUGCUGAUCGUUGAUGAACACUUUGAAAAACUGGAACAUCGCGGACUGCACCACAAGAUUCUGUCCAUCGAAGUGUGGGGCUGUGGAAACACACAGCAGAGAGAAGUCCAACUGGACAUAAAAAAUUGGCAGAUCAAAGAAGCGGAACGCCAACGAACAGUCAAAAUGACCGCGGCUGAUUGGAUGGACCACCCUGAUCGCUAUCUGUUGGAACUUGGCGGACGGCAAAAUUACAAUAACAAAUAAGUACUUAUAGCAUCCAAUGGAUUUCAGAACCGCGACUUAUCUAUAUAAUUUUGUGAACAUUUUCUUAUAACAUGAAAUGUUGCCUUCGUCGAACUUUUGCUAUAGUUGGUACUUAAAUUUAUUGCAACAUGUAGGCAUCGAAAAAAAAAAAACAGACAAAUAAAAUAUACGAAAAUUGUUGAUUAUUUUUAACAGCUUCUA